GCCUGAAAAUGUUCUCCCGUGUUGUCGGGUUCCGAAGGAGCGCAGCAGGACUUUGCGGUGAAAUAACACAUGUUUACCCGUGAAGAAAGCAAAAAAAAAAACAGACCGCAUGUUUUUCGACUAAGGCGUUUGGUGGAACUGUGAUUUUUUUGGGGGGCGACUCCUGCGGGAAGUUUGUGUGACCGUUUUUUCCUCACCCCCCCCCCGGAGUGAUGUCGAAUCCUGGGAGUCGGAGGAACGGGUCCAGCAUCAAAAUCCGACUGACAGUAUUAUGUGCCAAGAACCUCGCAAAGAAAGACUUCUUUCGUCUGCCGGACCCGUUUGCCAAGGUGGUGGUGGACGGAUCGGGUCAAUGCCACUCCACAGACACAGUCAAGAGCACACUGGACCCCAAAUGGAAUCAGCACUACGACCUCUACAUUGGAAAGACAGACUCCAUCACCAUCAGUAUAUGGAACCACAAGAAGAUCCAUAAACGACAGGGGGCUGGUUUCCUGGGCUGCAUACGACUUCUUUCCAACGCCAUUAGCCGGCUAAAAGACACAGGAUACCAGCGACUAGAUCUGUGUAAGCUAAACGCGUCUGACAGUGAUGCCGUGCGGGGGCAGAUUGUAGUCAGUCUUCAGACACGAGACAGAAUCGGUAGCGGAGGUCCUGUAGUCGACUGUCGAGGUUUACUGGAGAACGACGGCCCCGUGUUUGAGGGAUGUUUCAGCGAAGAGCCGCUGCCCUACUCCGACCCGACCGGCGCCGCUGGAGGCGGGACCUGCCGGCUGGACUCCCCCGGCCAGGACGGCCACCUUCAGACCCAGCGAAUCAGAAGCCAGGACUCCAGAGGCCACGCCCACACCCCCCAGAACAGACCCCACGGGCACCAGCCCCCCGACCUCCCCGAGGGCUACGAGCAGAGAACGACGGUGCAGGGCCAGGUUUACUUCCUCCACACACAGACCGGCGUCAGCACCUGGCACGACCCUCGGAUACCGCGGGACCUGGCCAGCAUCAGCUGUGAGGAGCUCGGCCCGUUGCCCGUGGGCUGGGAGGUCCGAAGCACCGUGUCCGGUCGGAUCUACUUUGUGGACCACAACAACCGAACCACACAGUUCACAGACCCACGUCUACACACCAUCAUCAGCCAACAGUCCCAAGUAAAGGAGUCGUCCCAGGCCCCCCAGAUGGAGGUGGGGGGCGAAGAAGGGGGAGGUGGAGGAGUGAGCGGCGGCGGCGUGGUCGGUGGAGGAGGCGGAGGCGGUGGAGGAGGAGGAGGAGGUGAAGGAGACGUAGCGGCGCGCUACGAGAGAGACUUGGUGCAUAAGCUGAAGCUGCUUCGCCACGAGCUGUCGCUGCAGCAGCCUCAGGCAGGACACUGUCGCAUCGAGGUGUCCCGGGAGGAGAUCUUUGAGGAGUCGUAUCGGCAGAUAAUGAAGAUGAGGCCCAAAGACCUGAAGAAGAGGCUGAUGGUGAAGUUCAGGGGGGAGGAGGGGCUGGAUUAUGGAGGCGUGGCCAGGGAGUGGCUGUACCUGCUGUGCCAUGAAAUGUUGAACCCCUAUUACGGCCUUUUCCAGUACUCAACAGACAACAUCUACACACUACAGAUCAACCCGGACUCCUCCAUCAAUCCCGACCACUUGUCGUAUUUCCACUUCGUGGGUCGUGUCAUGGGUCUGGCCGUCUUCCACAGUCACUACAUCAACGGGAGCUUCACGCUGCCGUUCUACAAGCAGCUGCUGGGAAAACCCAUCCAGCUCAACGACCUGGAGACCACCGACCCCGAGCUGCACAAGAGCCUCGUCUGGAUCCUAGAGAACGACAUCACGUCGGUCCUGGACCACACCUUCUGCGUGGAGCACAACGCCUUCGGGAAGUUUUUACAGCACGAACUCAAACCCAACGGACGCAACAUCCCGGUCACCGAGGAGAACAAGAAGGAAUACGUCAGGCUCUAUGUGAACUGGAGGUUCAUGCGCGGGAUCGAAGCCCAGUUUCUGGCUCUGCAGAAAGGCUUCAGUGAACUCAUCCCUCAGCACCUCCUCAAACCCUUCGACCACAAAGAGCUCGAGCUGAUCAUCGGUGGGCUGGGGAAGAUAGACCUGGCCGACUGGAAGACCAACACGCGUCUGAAACACUGCACCAGCGAGAGCAACGUGGUGCGGUGGUUCUGGCAGGCGGUGGAGGCGUUCAGCGAGGAGCGGCGAGGACGCCUCCUGCAGUUCGUCACCGGCUCCACCAGGGUUCCUCUGCAGGGGUUCAAAGCGCUGCAGGGUUCUACAGGUUCUGCAGGACCAAGGCUCUUCACCAUCCACCUGAUAGACGCCAACACAGACAACCUGCCCAAGGCCCACACAUGUUUUAACAGGAUAGACAUCCCUCCCUACGAAUCCUACGAGAAACUUUACGAGAAGCUGCUGACGGCCGUGGAGGAAACCUGUGGCUUCGCUGUGGAGUGACACAAAAAAACAAAAAAAAAAGAAUCUGCGCCUGCACUUGCACACGACUAUUUGACAUUUUACAAACAAACAAACACAGACAAAGACCAAGGAGUAAACAAGGAGUACACAACCAGAGGAGGAACACAACACACAACAACACCACCAACAUCUGUCCCAGGAGGAGGAAGCACAGCAGCAGCAGCAGCAGCAGCGGGAGGAUUUUAAACUUUUUCCAGAUGUUUUCAAGGAGCAUUUUUUAUUAUCCCUCAGUUUUAACAAAAGCUACAUCUUCAGAAUAAUAAAAAAAGACAAAAACAAACAAAAAAAAGAAAGACUAAAAACCAGUUUGAGCGGAUCGGCCGAUCGAUCGACCAACGAGCCUAAAGAACACGUUUUAUUCGAGGCUCGACCGAUGGACUCGUCUCCACGCUUCGUCUUUAACCACUGUGUCAGGAUGCAUGUGUGCGUUUUUGUGUGCGUGCAUGAGAGAGGAUUUGAGUGAGUGUGUGUGUAUGUGUGUGUGUGUGAGAGAGAGAGAGUGUGUGAGGCAUGGCACAAAAAAAAAAAAAAACAACGAACCGAUCAAAUGAGCCUGCUCUUCUUCCGUUUGUACCUUAGCGACCACUCUCUGAUCUGAUUUUCUUAUUAUUUAUUACUAAGUGAUUACUGACCAAGCUGCUACGUUCGCUCUACUAAGAGCCCACACUAAUCUCUUCUUCAUUCAACGGUCAAUUCACACGUCAUUCAAGUGAUCCACAAAGUGGGUUGGGUUGAAUUUUUUUGUUACAUUUUUUUUUUUAACAUAAUUACUGCGGAGAAAAACUGUGGGGUUAUUAUUUUUUCUUUUUUUUUUUUUUAAUUAUUAUUAUUAUUAUUAUUCCUUUUAUUGAAGUGAACAGGAAGUGACUUUCCUGACACCUACUGACGUCAUGGACCUGGAUAUUAUUAUUUUUUAUUAUUUUUAAAAUGAGCCACGACGAUGGAACAAAGGAGGAAUUCUUCAGUUUGUACGUGACGUGAAUAAUAAAAAGUCUCAUAAGCCUUUCACACACGUUUCGUCAUCCAUUUCACCUUCUUCGUAUUUUUAUUAUUAUUCUUUGCAGCCCUGCUUUUGUCUUUUUUUUUUUUUUUCUCCGCAGCCCGAAUGUCUGAAAAAAAAUAAAUAAAUAAAUAAAAAUAAACAAUCCUAGUUCUCAACAAGAACCAUGAAGAGAAUCUGGAAACAAAAUGAAAAGUUGGGAUCUGUCGGUGGAUUGAAGACUGUUCAGCGGCGACGUUUCAAACUUUUUGUUUUGUUUUUUGUUUCGUUUUUUUUUUCUAGGGUCUGAGUUUACUGUGUAAUGGAUGCAAGAGUAUUGUAACUUACUAUGUACUAAACAUUUAUGAAAAAAUACAAUGUAAAUAAGAUUAUAUUAAAAGAAAUUAAAUUGAAAAUACA